AUGAACGACCAUCCACAACUGCUCCCGCCCACGAGGCACUCCUCGGGCGGUCACUCCCCCACCCGCCAGCGUCUCCACGAUGACAUCCUGGCCCAGACGUCUCCGGCCGUCGUCGUUCACGCCCUGUCUUCCCCGACCGACGCCUUGGCCUCUUGCCUCGACAGCGCGUCCCCUUCGGAGCGCGAUUUCGCCAUGCGUACCGCGACCGCGUCGCACACCAUAUGGGAGUGGGUGGAUGAGCUCAGCGACUGGCCGUGGCCGUCGGACGGAUCCGCCGGCUUCGAGGUGAGGACCCCGGACCGCACGGCCAUGACCGCCGCCGCGGGGAGGAGCACCGGCACCGGCAAUGUAGACGUCGUCGUCGUGGGCAUCAUGCCCCUGCGCGACGUGCCCGGCUACAUCGCCAGGAUCGACGACGUGUACGCCGAGAUGGAGGCCCUGCAGCUGGACGAGAUCAAGAGCCACGUGAUGGCGAGCUACAUCCUGCCCCUCUCCAGGUCCACCGGUUCCGAAGGCCACUCCGACUCCAGCUGCCUGCGCCUGGGUCUCAUCUACAACAAGAUGGACGAUCUCCCGGCCGUCAUCACCGCCAUCGUCCUCCAGACCCUGCCCAACCUCGCCAGGCUGUCGUACCUGCUGCACAUCUGGGCUAUCCGCCUCGACAUCGUCCAGCGCGUGCCGUCCUUGCUCGCCGCUCUCCAGGAUGCCGAGCUCGCCCUCAGAUCGGGAUGGACCGCCAUCGAGCCUAGGAGGAAGAGUGGCGCCGGCGGCAGCAGGAGCAGCAGCGGCAGCAGCAGCAGCAGGAGCAGUGCGAGCUACAACAACAACAACAACAACAACAACAACAUCGACAACAACAACAAGAACAACAGCAGGAAUGGUUUAGACAAUGACGGAACAAACCAACUCGAACCAGCAGAAGAAGAAGAAGAAGAAGAAAUCACAGCACCCAGCCUCUCCCGUAGAGACUUUGAAGUCAUGAGGACAGUCAUUGCUGCCAAGAUUUCCACCCCCGGCCGUUCCCUGGAUUACAUGCUCGACAAGCUAGAGGGACUGUCCGAUACCCUGCCCGACGCAUGGCUCGAGAGGAUGGAGGUGGUCGAGCGCGGAUACGCUGAGUGGGUUGCCGCCUGCGAGCGCAGGAUCGCAGAAGCCCAGUGGCUCACGGCCCUGUCCGUGAAGGCUGCGCAGACGCCGUCUGCCAGCUCGAGAGCCGCAUCGCCGCAGAGCCGAGCGCCGCCAGGCGAGGAACGACCGCUCGUCGUCAAGAAGCUGAGGGAACCCCCGCGCACCCCUUCGCCGCCCGAGGAUGCCCGGAGGGUGCUCCCCUCCAGAGGGCGCCAGCUCCUGGAUGCCGACGAGUCCUUCGCAUCCAGCAGGCUCCAGGUGCCCACCCCGAUCAAGGAGGAGCAGAGCUUCCCCGAAGACGACGGGACGGACAUGUCCUCGCCGGGCUCACCCCAGCUGCCGCCUCUGCCGCGCAACGACGGAGACGACAGCGACGGUUCGGACACGUCCGUCGUCUUCCACGGACGCCGGUCGAGCCAUUUCGGCCCGUCGAGCGAGCCGCCAGAGGUGCUGGGCUCGCCCAUGGUGCCCAGGACGCGCGUCCGCGAAGCCGAGUACGUCGGCGGCGUGAGCCUCGCCGACAGCCCGCCCAGCUCGCCGCCUCUGCCCGAGGACUCCCAGGCGCAGGCGUCGCCUUCGGACGCCGGCCUGCUCGGCAAGCCCGCGGCGUUCGACGACGCGACCACGCCCAACACGCCCAUCGACGGGUCCUUCUCCGGCUACUUUGACGACUCGUUCGGCCUGGAGAUGACGGCCAGCCCCGGCACGAGCCGUGACGGCUCGGACGAGCAGCUGCGCCAGCAGAUUGGCGAGAUCAUCGACAGGAUCCCCGCCAGGAUCAGGCUGCGGUCCGAGCCGCCCAACCUGAACCCGCCAGACCUGCAGCUCCCCAAGCUCCGGAAGAAGGUGUCGCGUGAGAUGGCAUCGUCGCGGCGCAGCGUGUCGGGCAUGUCCUCCCGCGGAACGACGCCCUCCUUCACCCUGUCGCCGGCCAAGAACCCCCGCCCGCCGCGCCAGCAGCGCGGACAGCAGGACAUCAAGGUCUACCACCUGUCGCGGUCGACGGGCGAGGCGCCCAUCAAGCUCUUCAUCCGGUGCGUCGGCGACAACGGCGAGCGGGUCAUGGUCCGCGUCGGAGGCGGCUGGGCCGACCUGAGCGAGUACCUGAAGGAGUACGCGACCCACCACGGGCGCCGGUCGGCGGGGACCGACAAUGCCAAGGUCGAGGUCCGCGACGUGCCCCGCGUACCCAGCGCCAGCGGGCUGCGACCCUCGGACCCUCGGCUCCGGUCCACGCCGCCCAGCCGGCCGACCUCGGCAUUCGACACCCGCCUCCCCACCACGCCCCUGGCCGUGCGCAAGUCCCGACGCAGCAUCGGCGCCAGCAGCGGCGAAGCCCCUCGGCCCCUCGGACCGGUCACGCCCGGCCAGGGCCAGCAGUACCGGUCCCCCUCGGACGGCGGAUACCCGUCGGCCUCCAGGUCGCGGUCCAACUCGCGCGUCGGCUGGGUGGAGGAGGACAGCUCGUUCCUCGGCCUGGCCGGGCCGUCGGGCAAGAAGGUCGAGAUGAGCGAAGAGAACAGGGCUUGGGUCGAGAGCGUCAAGGAGAAGGUGCGGAUCGCCAGCAGCGAGCACAUGAGGGUCUCACCCUUCAUCCCCUUCGUGCCGUCCAUCCCGCCCCCCCAGCCGUCCGCCACCACCGGCUACUCCCCCUCUGCCUCGCCCUCUGCCGCCUCUGUGGCCUCUGCCGCCUCGGGCCUCUCCCAGUCCGGAUCCCGGACGCCGGAUGACUAUUCCAAGAAGAAAUUCGGCGAGCUAGGUAGGGUCGGCGGGACGAAGAGGCUGUACAGGAGGAGUGAGGCUCUUCAGCAGAAUACCAAGAGGAGUUGA